AUGCUGAUGGUGUGUGAGGGUCAAACAAAUGACAUCCAAGAGUUUCAGAAACGACAGAACCAGGAAACUCUGGAUCAAGUGGAAAAACAGAAGAAAGAAUGUCAGCAAAAGUUGGCCAAGGAACAGGGGGAUUUAAGAGAACAACUUCAGGUGAUGGUUCACAUUCAAACCAUUGGGAUUCUUGUGUCUGAGAAGGCGGAUUUACAGUCAGCCCUGGCUCAUACCAGGCAGAAAGCAGGAGAGUCUGAGGACCUUGCUAAUCACCUACAGACUACCCGCCAGCGCGACGGAGAGCUGGAGCGGACUUUGUCUGCUGUCUCCAUGCAGCAGAAGCAGGUGGACAGGCACAACAAGGAGUUGACCAAACAGCAAGAUGCUCUCAAACUGGAGUUAUACAAGAACAACAAAAACAAUGAGGACCUGAAGCAGCAGAACUCUGAGCUCCAAGAGAGGCUUCGAGUCCUCGAGACAGAGAAGACGACCCUGCAGCUGGGGACAGAGGGGCUGCAGAAGAAGCUGGAAAUGUCUGAGCUGCUGCUGCAACAAUUCUCUAGCGAGUCUGGGGUCUCUGGUGAUAGGCAGCAGCUUCAGCAGACCAUGGAGGAGUGGACCCAGCUGCAGAAACACAUGCAACAGCUGCUGGAGACGCAGAGACGACUGUGUAUGGACAGGGACCGGUAUGCAGAGGGCCUGCAGGAAGAGCGUGCCAUGUGGCAGGAGAAGAUGCAGCAGAUGUCUGCCAAGCUCUGCACACUGAGGCAGGAGAAGGAGUGCAGCCUGAGUCGGGUGCGGGAGCUGGAGACCACCUUGGCCGAGCUCAAGAGCCAGAUGGGUAACCUCCCACCCAGCGCUCCAGCGCCUCCCGCGGGGCCGUCGGAGGCGGAACAGCAGCUGCAGGGGGAGGCUGAGCAGCUGCAGAAGGAGCUGGAGAGCCUGGCGGGACAGCUGCAGGCCCAGGUGCAGGACAACGCGGGCCUGAAUCUCCUGAACGAGCAGCAGGAACAGCGGCUGCUGCAGCUGGAGCGGGAGGCGGAGCUGUGGGGCAACCAGGCCGAGGAGCACAAUCAGAUCCUGGAGCGCAUGCAGAGCGACCACAUGACCAUCAGCCACACGCUCCUGCAGAACCAGGAGCUCAAGGAGCAGCUGGCCGAGCUGCAGGAUGGCUUCGUGAGACUGAGCAAUGACAACAUGCAGCUCACCAGCUCGCUGCAGGUAGAGCAGCACAUCAAGAAUGAGCUGGCCAGGGAACUCGAGCUGCAGGAGAAGCUGGGAGAGCUGAAGGAAAUGGUCUCUCUGAAGAGCCAGGAGGUUCAGAGUCUGCACCAACAGCACAACCAGUAUCUGGUCCACCUGCAGCAGUACAUGGCCACCUACCAGCAGCAUGUGGCUGCCUACCAACAACUGAGCUCUGAGAAGGAGGCACUGCACAAGCAGAUUCUGCUGCAGAUGCAGCUCAUGGACCAGCUGCAGCGUGCGGAGGUGCAGGGCAAGGUGGCUCGCCAAGAGCUGCAGGAGACCCAGGAGUGUCUGGUAGCUGCUUGCCAGCAAAAUCAUCACCUACAAGCUCAGCUGAAGCUCCUGGACCUCCCUGGAGAGGGAGAUGGGGAGGAGGAGGAAGAAGAGGAGGAGAAGGAGGAGGAGGAGGAGGAGGAGGAGGAGGAGGAGGAGGAAAUUCCUUAGGCCAAAGUGCCCGUCCCGGAAGACCUGGAGAGCCAAGAGGCUGUGGUGAUGUUCUUUACAUCAGCUCUCACCCGAGCCGAGGAAGAGCAGGCCUGGCUCCAUGGGCAGCUGAGGGAGCAGAAGGCUCGCUGCCGGUGCCUGGCUCUCCUUGCCGUGCCAUCGCAGGGGGAGCCAGAGGAGACAUCAGCCGCUGGGACUGGGGGUGACUCUGUGUCUGGGGAGACCCACCAGGCCCUCCAGGGGGCCAUGGAGAAGCUGCAGCACCACUUUCUGCAGGUGAUGGGGGAGAAAGUGGAGCUGCAAGAGCAGGUAGAGGAGCUAGAACAUCGCUGCAUCCAGCUCUCUGGAGAGACAGACACCCCGCCUCUGAGCACUGCCCUGCUGUCCUGUCUCUUUGCAGGAGAGUAUGUUGCCCUCUACCAACAUCAGAGGGCAGUGCUGAAGGAGCGGCACCGGGAGAAGGAGUACAUCAGCCAGCUGGCCCAGGACAAGGAGGACAUGAAGAUCAAACUCCUGCAGCUGCAGGAACUGGUGCUGCAGCUUGUGGACGAAUGCAGCGAGUGGCAGGGCAGAGUCCUGGCUGCCGCCCCAGACUGUGCUGACCAUCCAGCUCCGGGGUCCCCAGCCCUCCAGGACACUGUUGACCUGCAAGCUGAUCUUGGUGAGGUGAGCUUCACUGACACCAUGGAGCCUGUGCGAGGAGAGGCUGGGGAGGGUUCGUCCACCCAGAACCCCCCUGUGCAGCAGGUCAGGGAGCUGCUGCAGGAGAUCCAGCACCCCCAGGAGUGCCCAGGCUUGGGCACCAACCCCUGCAUCCCCUUCUUCUACCGGGCUGAUGAGCAUGACGACAUUAAGAUCAUGAUUGUCUAA